AUGUCAGGAGGCGCACGUGGUUUGCUUAUCACUUAUACUGGAAGAGUUAAUGGUCCAGCAUAUAUUGAAAUCUUUAAAGAUGCUUUAACUGAUUUUAUUGAGAAUGCAUUUGGUCCUGGAAACCCAAACUGGGUUUAUAUGCAAGACAAUGCACCGCCUCAUACUUCAAAAUUUGCAAUGAAAUGGUUAAAAGAUAAAAAUAUUAAUGUUAUGAAAUGGCCACCGUCAUCGCCGGAUUUAAAUCCGAUUGAAAAUUUGUGGGAUAAUAUUGAUAAAAAGCUUCGAUAUUUGAAACCGACAAAUGUUACUCAGUUGGAACAAAUGAUUCACGAUCUUUGGAAUAAAGUCAGCUGUCAAGAGUGUCAAAGUUUAGUGGAUUCAAUCCCGAGACGUAUAAGACAGUGUAUCAAAGCACGUGGCAACUCAUUCAGCAAAUGUUGA